CUUCUUCUUUUUUUUGUGUUUUUUUUUAAUCUUAUGAAAAGUGUAGCUUUGCGUGCCGUCUGCCAAGCUCCAGCCCCGGUGGGCGCGGCUGGGACCCGUGUCCAAACCUCUGUCUUGACUUGCCUGGGAAAGUUGAGCGUAAAGGCACAAAGGGACCGAGCGCUGCCAGAACGCCCCGCAGCCGCGCUGCGCGUCAACUCCAACGCGCUGAGAACGCAUUACUGCUCCUCCCGUGGACUCGAGCAGUCUUAGUCUUGAGACGCGCCAGGAUCUGGGCGUCGGUUGCCGGAGCCGGCUGAAGAUAAGAUGGGAUGGACGAGUUGACGAGACAGAUGGACUUCUCAGGAGACUUGUCAGGAGAAAGGGUUGUUACAGAAACUAUAACCACCACGACUAGACUGACUUCCCUGCCUCCAAAGGGAACCAGCGGAUCAAAUCACAGGAAUAUGUCCAGCACUGCUGGAGGGCUGGGCUUGGAGAAGAAUGUCUUAACCCAGAACAGCGGUGGAACGUAUUUCUCCUCAUCCUCUGUAGGUGUGAACACUGGCUACAGCUCCUCCUCAGGAGUGUACCUCGGUGGAGACUCCUCAGGGGGAGGCGAUGGAGGGGGGAGCUACAUAGAUGGAGAGGGGUAUGGAAGCGGUGGAGGAGGAGGUGGAGGAGGAGGCGGAGGCAGUUAUCUCGUGAGCUCGGUGUCAAAGGUGAGGUCCAGCUCGUCCAGUGGAGGCAGGAGGGCGCAGGCAGGGGGCUCAUCAGGAGGCCUGUCGCCAGGUUUCCGGGAGAGGAAGAUCCUAUCCAGCCGCUCGGGAGGUUAUGACGGAAGUUCUAGUGCAAAUUCCUCUCCAGAAUUUACUCGCAAAGAUUAUGGAAUCUACUGCUCCAGCAGCACAAGAGGGAGGAGUGAGAGCAGAGAGAGCGAGAUCAGAGCCAGACUACAAAGUGCCUCUCCCACCGCCUGCAGAUGGACGGAGCUGGAUGACGUGAAGAAGCUGCUGAAGGGCCGUUCCUGCAGCGUCAGCCCCACGCGCUCGUCCAGCGCCUCUACCACCCUGCCUGUCCCUAAAAAGGCCAGCGCAGAAGCCAAGACUGUCUCUGUGGCCACGCAGUCGGUUUCAACUUCAUUCUCUGGCUCUGGCGUGAGGUCAGGUGGAUUUCACACCAUUGACGCGUCAGGCCUGUAUGAUACCGGUCUGGCGUCUGGGCAGUUUGAUAAUGGCGUCAAGUCCGGCCAGUACGAUGUCACUCUGAUAUCAGGCCAAUAUGACACGGGUGUGAAAUCAGGACAGUUUGAUACUGGUGUGAAAUCAGGACAGUAUGAUAGUAGUAUGAAGUCAGGACAAUAUGAUAUCGGUCUGAAAUCAGGGCAAUAUGAUACUGGUGUAAAAUCAGGCCAGUCCUACACCAGUAUGCGAUCAGGCCAGUAUGACACCAGUUUGAGAUCAGGCCAGUACGACGCCAGUUUGAGAUCAGGCCAGUAUGACACCGGUUUGAGAACAGGUGAGUAUGACACGCUGGACGCUGCACUUCCAUCUUUCUCCUGGUCCACCGCCACGCUGCCCUCGGCCUCCACCACGGUGGUGCCUGGCAACACCGGCAGCUACACGUACCAGGUCAGCACCAACAACAGGUCGGGGGGAAUGGCGCCGCUCAGCACCACCUCACCCUCGUCCCUGUCAGUUUACGGCUUUCAGAAUAAUCUGGCGCCCACCACAGGCAGUGUGCUCACCACCAGCGGAGCCAACAUAAGUGGUCACGUAGGAGGUUAUGGGGUUCAGAAGAACGUGUCAACUGGAAGUGGUGUCGUCAGCUCCGCAGUCUCUACAACCACUAGAUCCCAAACCGAAGAUGCAUACAAGAAUAAGUUCUUGAUCUCUGACAAAGAGAACGUUCAAGCCAGGAGGGAAACAGAGACGCUCAUUUUGGCCAAAGACAGCGGGAAGCAGUUCACCAGCAGCAGCAGCGUUCACAUAGGAGGGUCCCUAUCAGGAGAUUCAAUAAAGAAAGAGAAGCUUAUCUACAGUGAGACGGCCCCACUGAAGUCAGAGACGGGCAACUCUUACUAUGGAUCAUCUGGAGUUGUAAUGAAAGACAAAGCCACGUAUGCAGAAAUUCACAGAGACAGCGGCGUCUUCGGCGGCGGAGGGUUCUGCUGCUGCUCGGACGCAUGUUGCUCCUGGUGGAAAUGGCUGCUGGGCCUUCUCCUCCUCUCCCUUCUCCUGCUGGGACUUCUGUUUGGCCUCAUUGCACUGGCUGAGGACGUGAGAAAGCUGAAGAAUCGAGUGGCUAACCUGGAGGCCGAGUCCUCCGUCGCUAAUGCCCAUAUCAGUCGACUUUCGGGCUCUUCCAAUGACAUCAACACCUUAGUGCUCGGUGGAGGUGGAGGUGGAGGUGCCACACAUACUGACACCACAGUACACCUGGACGAUGGAGGUGGAGGCUCAAGCUCCAAAACACGAAUCGGAAUUGCUGCUGGUGCUGCCCGCUCCUCAGGGGGCAAUGACAUCAGUACUGGAAGUAGCUCUGCUGUUGGUGCUGGUGCUGGUACUGCCGGUGGUGCUGGCGUUGGUGCCGACAGUGCCAGUAGGGCUGGUAGUGCCAGUGGUGCCGUUGGUGCUGGCGGUGCUAGUGUUGGAAGUGCCGGCACCAGUGGCAGCACCAGCGGUGGUGGCACCAGUUUCAGUGGUGGCACUGGCUUUGGGUCCGGUGUGAGUGGAGGACACAUGGACGCUGCCUCACUUCAGAUGAUGGUCCAGCACAUGCUCAGAGCUGAAAUGCAAUCACAGUCAUUCAGAGCUGUCCUGCUGUCCUCAGUGCAGGGAGAGAGAGGGCUUCCUGGACCUAAAGGCGACAAUGGUUACCCUGGAACUCCAGGUCCCCCGGGUGCACUGGGACAUGCAGGCCCUGAGGGGCCUAAAGGACAGAAAGGAAGCCAAGGUGAUCAUGGGAUGGAGGGAACACCAGGUGUCAGGGGUCGUGAGGGCCUGACCGGCCCCAGAGGUGAAGCAGGCAUUGGACUGAAAGGUGACAGAGGUGCUCCUGGAGAUACUGGGUCUGUGGGAUCAGCCGGACCGAAAGGUGCACCUGGGCUUCCUGGGCCAGCAGGUGAACCAGGUCUUCAAGGUUUCCGUGGCGAGGCCGGGGCACCUGGGCCUAAAGGUGACAGAGGGCUUGCUGGGUUUCAAGGAAUCAAAGGUGACACGGGUGACAAAGGGCUCAGGGGUAUGCAAGGUGAUCCUGGUAUACCAGGUCAGCCUGGGUCAGCUGGAGAGAAAGGAUCCAAAGGGUCAACGGGGGUGUCUGGACAUGAUGGUGCAAAAGGAUCAAGAGGUGACCAAGGACCAGCCGGGCCCCCAGGACUCAGAGGUCCUGCUGGUUCUCCUGGAGAUGCUGGAAUUCCAGGAGGACCUGGGCUUCAAGGACCACCAGGGAUACCAGGAAAUCCAGGACAACCAGGAACAAAAGGUGAAACUGGUCAACCAGGAAGAAUCUUCAAUGCAGCUGGUUCCACUUCUGUUGGCAUCCCAGGACCACCUGGGCCCGCUGGGCCUCCCGGCUCUGCAGGAGCUCCUGGAUUAUCAGGUCCCAUUGGCCCUGCUGGUCUGCCUGGCCAGUCUGGUCCUAAAGGUGACAGGGGGUAUAAGGGAGACCAGGGAGAACCAGGAGUAUCCGUGAGAAUGACUGAAGGUCAUUUUAGUGCUAGUGGAGCCUCAAGAAUGUCUGGGCAACCCGGUCCACCGGGUCCUCCCGGGCCACCUGGACGUCCAGGAGAUUCAAGACAAGGACCUCCAGGACCACCCGGGCCCGCAGGACAGCCAGGUUAUGGAAGACCAGGACCCAAGGGAGACAAAGGAGACUCAGGCUUUGGAGCUAGCUCUGGAACAUAUUACACUGGACAACCAGGACCACCUGGGCCUGCUGGGCCUAAAGGAUCAACAGGUUCUCCUGGACCAAGGGGCUACCAAGGUGAACAAGGACAACAAGGUGUGCCCGGCACCCCAGGAAGCUCAGAGAGAGUGUCGAGUUAUGCUGGAGGACAUGGGAUCCCUGGACCACCGGGUCCACCAGGGCAUCCUGGACGUCCAGGACCACCAGGAAUCAAAGGGGACACUGGAGCUCCAGGCGCCUCAAGAGGUUCAAUCUCAGUCACUUCAGGGCCCCCUGGUCCCCCAGGUCCUCCUGGCCCUCCUGGCCAGACAGGCUCCUUCUCUUCUUCUAGUGAGAUGCGCCAGUACAUCACUGACUAUCUAAGUAGAAGCAGACAGGACAGUAUCCCUGGACCACCAGGUCCACCUGGGCCUCCCGGAAUCCCUGGAACCUUCUCUGGCUCUAUUGAGGACAUCUCUGCUCGUAUCAUUGUAUAUCUGCAAAGGUCGGGCUCAGGCCUCAGCAUCGGUGUUCAGGGUCCUCCAGGACCACCUGGUCCUCCUGGACCUGGCUCUGGAUUCCAGUCGGUCAGCGAUCUCAUCGUCAUGCUUCAGAGGGACGAUGUCAGGAGAUAUUUGUCAGGACCCCCGGGACCACAAGGACCACCAGGACCACCAGGGUCAUCAGGUGGACUUUCAGGCAGUUACAGUAUACAAGAGAUAGCCACAUAUGUCUUCACCAUCAUGAACGACAGAGGCAUUGCUCGAGGUCCGCCUGGGCCACCUGGUCUACCUGGACCUCCUGGGACUUCUAACGGAGCAGCCACUGGCUUUAGUAGCGUUACGAUUGACUAUUCUGCACUGAUGAAAAAUUCAGAUUUCCGCUCUUGGAUCAGCUCUGCUGUACAACAUGGUUCUCCUGGUCCUCCGGGUGUCCCAGGUAGCGCUGGGCCUCCUGGCCCUCAGGGGCCUCCAGGAGUGUCCACUGCCACUGUGUUGGGGGCGGGAAGUCGUGGCUACAGCUUGGAGGACAUUCAGCGUUACCUGCAGGGUUCUGGGUUCAGAGGUCAACCCGGCCUUCCUGGUCCUCCAGGUCCUCAGGGUCCGCCAGGCAGUUACACUGGCUCAGUCUCCUACAGUGGAAACUUCCCUCGGGAGAGCAUCCGCGCUGAAGUCCAGGAUUACCUGACCAGUGACAAUGUUCGCCGUUUCAUCACCGGAACCCCGGGGCCUCCGGGACCGAGGGGUCCGAAAGGAGAGCGCGGAGAGCCGGGUUACACCCAAGGCUACGUGCAGAGCCAGAGCUACUCUCAGGGUGACUCCCGCUCCAGCUCUGACCAGAGAGAGAUCAUCAGAAAGCUCACUGAGACACUGGACUACCCCAGCGUCGCUCUGAAAGUUACAGACUACAUCAAGAAUCAAGGCCUGUUGCAGCAGUAUAUGGUCGAGGGCCCUUUGAAGACGAAUGUGAGAGCGAUUCAAGGCCCCCCUGGUCCACCUGGCCCUCCCGGAUCACCCGGUUACAGCCGCGUCAUCGGGUCCUACGGCAACGUCACAGCUGACCUCAUGGACUUCUUCAGAACCUAUGGCACCAUCCCCGGUCCUCCAGGAAGCCCUGGACCAAAGGGAGAAAGAGGGUACCCAGGACCCAAAGGAGACAAGGGUGAUCCUGGACACCCAGGUUUGGCAGGAUUGCCAGGGUCAUACACUAUCCAGAUUCCACACAGAGUGCAGAAGAGGGAUAUAGGCAAUAAAUUGCUUGGUCGUCCUCGCCUGCAUCGCCCCCGUGGCUAAAGGGCUAACAUACGACUGGAUCAUGUUAGAUUUCAUUUCCAUUAUAUUUCGGGUUUUUUUAAGCAUUCAGCUGUAGCAAUGCAAGAAGUCAAAAAAAAAUGCUGCUUAAUUUUGCCAUUUGUAGAAAUGUCAGAGGAAAAUUGGAGAAAAUAAAAAUGGCAAAAAAUGCAUUAGUCUUUUUAAAACUUUGGUUUCAGUAGAGGUCGGGGUUUAGCUGCCGGUCAGUGUUACAGUAAGACAGGCAUCAUUUUUUUUGACAUGUGGGUGUAUAAUGUUUACUUCGCUUAGUUAGAAGCUUGUACGCAGACAUUUUUCCAGGGGUCAACUUUGUUUUAGAGAGAAUCUGUUUUUAAGAGAUAACUGUCAAUUGCUGAUAUUUUAGUUGAAUGUUAUUCCACUGCUUGUGUGACUUCAGCGCCUGGUGUACUUUUUAUUGCAUUUUACAUCUUCUGAGGAUUAUAUUGUAUUUAGGAUUAUAUACUUUAAGUGUUAAAUGGUGUAUCAAGGUAAACAAUUGCAAUAUUUUCAUAUUAUCCAUAUAAGUCAAGCCAACCUCCAGCCUCUAAGACUGUUGUAAGUUAUCCAUUAAUCAAAUAAAAAAAUUACAUUAAAACAGUAUGUAUUUUUAAAGCAAGCAAUACAUCAUCAUCAGAAGUGGACUCAGUCUCAGCGAGGGCCAAUUCUGCAGAGCGAGUGGGGUUGGUUUGGGCUGAUGUACUUGAAAGGUUGAAAGACAGGGACUGGUAAUCACCUAGAAAGGGCAGAUUUUUAUAAAAGACCACACUGAAAUUGAUAUAUUUUCUCUAUACCUUUAAGUGUUGAAAAGAUUAAAUUAUAAAAUGUUUCCAGAUGUUUUUACAUGAUUGAACCUAUUGACAUUUGAUCAAUAUAUUUGAAAGACGUACCAAUAAAUCUAUUUUUUUUGGA